CCGCCACUCUCCUCCCGCUGCGUAGGCUGGCAUCACACGCGCUGUUGUUGUGAUUGGGGAGACGGAGUCAUGUUGAACUUUCGUUUUGUUGUCUUCUCGCCGUCGCAAAACUAUGUUUUGAGUGACUAAACAGCGAUGUCCGAAAUGCUGAUGAAAGAAAUGGACAGUAUCUCGAUGAGGGCGGAGGAGGGUGGAGACGGUGGACGGAGCUUCCUGCUGGUGGACGAAGAAGAAAACCUCCAGGUCCGCGAUGAGUCCGAGUUUGUGGACCGACUGGGCUGCGGCGACGUGGCGGGGGUCAAGGUCAUCUCCAUCUUUGGCAACACCGGCGAUGGCAAGUCCCACACGCUCAACCACAUCCUGUUCGGCGGUGAGAGCGUGUUCUACACCUCCAAGUCCCCCAGCUCCUGUACGGUGGGGGUGUGGGCGGCGUAUGACCCCACCCUGGGCCUGGUCUCCCUGGAUACCGAGGGCCUGUUGGGGGCCGCGGCCAAUCAGAACCAGAGAAUGCGGCUGCUGCUAAAGGUGUUGGCCGUGUCUGAUAUCGUGGUCUAUCGUACGCGGGCCGAGCGCCUCCACAACGACAUGUUCCAGUUCCUGAGCAACGCCUCGGGGGCCUACCUGAAGCACUUCACCCCGGAGCUGAGGGCCCUCUCCAGCCGCUGUGGGCUGGACGUGCCCCUCUCGUCUCUCGGGCCAGCUGUCAUCGUCUUCCAGGAGACGACGCACACCCAGCUACUCGGCCAUGAUUCCAAGGGAGCCGGUCAUGCUGACACGCUGCUCCAGAAGCGCUUUCACGAUCUGGGCUUGGGGACCGAGGCCUUCAGUUCGGUGCAGUACGUCGGCACCCAGACCAUCACGCCUCCGACCGACUACAGCAGGCUGCUGGAGGCCGUCGGGCAGCAAGUGAAGAACACUCACACACGCUCCCCCCGCCAGCCCGGGAUAGUGUUCCACGCACUGGAUGCCCUGAGCGAGCGUUUCUGUGGCGAGCUGUCGGACGAUAAGAUGACCCCGUACUCCUUCUUCCCAGACGAGUACUUCACCUGCUCGGCCGUCUGCCUCAGCUGCAACGUCCGCUGUAAAAACGGAAUGAAUCAUCUGAGAGACAGAGUCCCCCACAUGGCGGACGGACUGUGCCAGUACGUACACCAGUUCAACAACAAGGUCCUUAUCUGUAAGAGGUGCUAUGAGGGAGGCAGAGAGGUGAUCGUCCUGCCCAAGACGUCGGCUUCCACCGACAACCCGUGGUUUGGACUGGCCAAGUACGCCUGGUCCGGCUAUGUGCUGGAGUGCGCCAGCUGUGGCGUGAUCUACCGCAGCAGACAGUACUGGGUGGGAAACCAGGACCCUGAGAGCGGCGUGGUGCGAUCUGAGGUCAAGCACGUCUGGGAAGGGUCGGACACCUUUCUGACCAACCACCAGAACGCUGCCCAGAGGGUCCUGGACGGGAUGAACUGCGUCAUCCAGUCCGUGUCCGAGUACAGCACCGGGCCCACCAAAGCCGUCGCUGCCUGGGUCACCGACCAGGUGGCGCCGCCGUACUGGCGACCCAACACCGAGAUCACAGCUUGUCAUGGCUGUCGGAAAGUGUUCGAGGAGGCGGAGAGGAAGCACCACUGCCGAUCGUGCGGCGAGGGUUUCUGCCACCCCUGCUCCAGCCACAGGAUGCCGGUGCCAGAGAGAGGCUGGGGCAGCGCCCCCGUCAGGGUGUGUAAGGCCUGCUACCAGCAGGGGGGGCCGGCGGACACCAACAGCCAGGUGUGUAAGGUGGAGCCUCGGGGGCUGAUAGCUCGCAGAGUGACGGAGGUGGCCCAGUCGACGCUGGACAUGGUCACCACCGCCGUGGAUUACCCGCUGUGCUUCGUGAAGGACGUGGCUCGGCCGGACUACUGGGUGCCGGACCAGGACAUCGCCCAGUGCCACCAGUGCUCCAAGACCUUCACGCCUAUCAUGUCCAAGCACCACUGCAGGGCCUGCGGACAGGGCGUGUGCGGCGAGUGCUCCACUCGCGUCAAGCCCGUGCCCUCCCGCGGCUGGGACCACCCGGUCCGGGUGUGCGACGGCUGCCACGCCCGCACCGAUGUCCUGUGAGCUUUUUCUAAAAACCGGGAAGACCUCCCGAGCGCGCGGAGGCCGGCGAGGAAUCAAUUACGCGGCGCCGACGCUGCUCCGACGCUCAGGAAGGAGCUGGUUUAACCGGUGCUGACUGAGGAUCAGCUCCACAUCUCAUUCGCCCUCCUUGGUUCGUGAGGUAAAACAUACAUCAUCUUCCGACUGGAAAAGUGACUCUUCUCAAUCGGUAACGGCGGAGCUUUCACACUCGACUGUGGUCUUCCUCGUUCGGUCCUUUGGGUUUGCUUCGCUGCACGCGGACACUUUUCAUUUAGACACGUUUGUUUGGUGAGAAUGAGAACAAGUAAAAGGAAUGCUUUUAAAGUACUGGGCCUUUGCAAAGCGCUCACCCUGGUAGAGCUGUUUGAGGUGAUCUUGGUUUCUCUAAAUCUCUCUUGAGGUAUGAAUGGAAAAAAACAAAAAACAGUUGUGACUUUUUUUAGUUUCGCCCGCGGACCGAAAUCGAUCUAAAUGAGAGUGUGCCUUCGUGGGAAUCCUGAUUCCCGUUUCUACAGCUCGUCAGAAUUCUUCUGUAUGUGCAAUAAGUCAUGAGAUUAUGUGCCUAUUUACAGAGCCGAGUAAUCUACAGGCUCGCUCAUCUAACUCCUACAGGUGUGUCCUCAGCAGGGGGGGUUGUGGAAAUCUCUAGCACAACACAUAACAGACAUUCCGAUGCAUGGACAUACGUGUGUUCUGAUGGACUGAGGUUAUUGUAAAAAACCUUUCUUAAUAUGUACUGAAUGCACCUGCACUAGACUGCACACUCGUGUUGAUGGAAAUUCACUCAACGUGAAAAUGAAAUGCAUUUAAUCCGUCUACAAAUAAUCGUAUUGUUUUUUUUCUUUCUUAAAUCCGGCUCGUCUAUGAAUCUGUUCCACCGUUCUCUAGUCCUCCUGUCUUACCUCUUCAUAAUAAUCAUGCUUUAUUGGCAUUAUACAAUAUGGUAAUAAAGUAAUAAUUGUCAAUCAAAUAAUGACAAAUCUGCAGAAUACGUCGGAUGAUAAGGCUGAAAUCUGUAGAUAAAUGUCCUUAUUUCCCCUGCAGGAUGCAGACUUUCUGUUCGAUGCUUCACUAUAGAAAUAUUUUUUUCCUAGAACAGCCUGUAUGUAUAUAUUGUAAUAAUUAGUACCUCUGUUUUGCUUUUCUUUAAAGUAAUAAAGGUCAGAGUUAUUUAGCUGAUUCUAUGCAGAAGUUGGUGGUACUGCCUGUAAUAGUUUGUUUGACCAUAAAAGACCUUUUUAUUAAUGUUCAGUUCUUAAGUGGCUGCAGGUGGAAGAGAUUAUUUUAUAUAAAAGCUCAACAUCAGUAAGAAGCCCGCAUCUCUUUGGUUUAACAGUUCUCUCUUUUUCCACUUGCAUUACCAGUAACUAAAUUCCUUUCAUCUAAAGCCGGAUUUAAAAGUUUCAUUCAUAUGAUGUGUGUGUUUUUGGGCCCAGAGGCCCUUUUGUUCCCGUUUUGACGUGAACGCGUCAAACACCAGGACAGGUGGCUGUUACACACAGGUGCGUUUCCAUUUCCCCCUCCCCCUCUCCCCCUCUCUCCCUCUCCUCUACGUCUGGUGAAGGUUAUCAGCGCUCUAAUGGACAGCUGACUAAUAUCCACCAGGCUAAAUUGACUUAAGCCUCCCGGACUGAUGCACAGAAUGCCAACGUGGAGACGGCCGCAUGCGUCAGAGUGAAGGACCUUUUGAAGUUGUGGACGUAACAUAAGAGGGGAUAUAAAAAUGAACUGAAGGAGUGAACGAGACUACUACUCCAAGAGGUAGAAACUAGUACACUGUGGAGUUGUUUCCGUCACGUUUUAUGACCAAGUAAUUAAUUCCCUUAAAUCUGGUGCUCAAAAUUGCAAAAUGUAUGUCAAUUUGCGAUGUUUGAGGUAAACACCUCACGCUCCUCCAUUAUAUUCACUUUCUAUGUAAUAUGCUGCAACAUAUACAAUAAAAGAAAUUUAGAAUAAAUGUUGAUGAAUAAGAUUUGAA